GACACUAAUGGUUGUUUACCAAACAUGUCAGGCGGAAUGGCAGACGAAAGAGAGAGAGCCGUCUUCAUGAAGCUGGAGGCCCUUAAAGACAUAAGGGCCAAGGUUGUUGCAGUGGAACGGCUGCGAGGGAGACUGGCCCAGGAGGUAGAGGUCGUGCAGGCGGAGGAAGCCAGUCUAGCGGAGUACAGGGCAGAGAUGGAGUUGCUGCUGCAGGAGAAGAUGGCGCAUGUGGAGGAGCUCCGCCAGAUUCAUGCUGACAUCAAUGCGAUGGAAAGCAUCAUAAAAUCAGCCGAAGACCUUCGCAAUAAGAGUCUGGAGCACGCGCGGAGGCUCUACGAUGAGUACCAUCCCCUCAAGCAGGAGGUGAGCCGUAUAGCAACACAACAGCUGGGCCAUGAUCUCAAUCUACCAAAUUUAGCUGCCGAAGACGACCCCGUCCCUCCUGAUUUCUUUGAGAAGGCAGGAGUUGAGUGGAACAUGGAUCAUGAUGACCUUCGUGGUGGUGGCCUGAGUUUGUCUUCCCUGAGUGCCAUGAGUGCCCCACCUUCCUUUUUGUCCCCUCAAGCCCCCCUGCAAGCACCUCUUCGAACAACUCCUCACAAAGCUGAUCAGCGACCACUGCCUCCUCCACCAGGGCCACCCACUCCAGCCUUCAGACAACAGCCACCUCCCAUGAAGUCUUGCCUGAGCUGUCAUCAACAGAUCCACCGUAACGCUCCCAUCUGCCCGCUGUGUAAGGCCAAGUCACGGUCACGCAACCCUAAGAAACCCAAAAAGAAAGAUUAAUUUUGAAGGUCUUGUUCUCAGGUGCUUUUUUUUUUUUUUACCAAUUAUAAUUUCAUCGUAUCACUUAACAUAUGCUUGCAGUUCCAUUUGUUAUAGAAGUUUCUCUCUCAGUCGAUAUACAAGUAAGUUUUCAGACAAUAAUUCUGAUAAGUUGUGUACGUACAUGAUGCUCACUUUUGACUUAGUGACGUUAUUGAACUAGUUUAAUAAAAUGUGAGUACUUAAUCAAUACUGAGGUACUGUAUAUAUAUGUGUUAAAUUACAGUGUUGCAGAUGGAAUAUAUUACCAAUCUAUUUUCUGGUUUAAAACUGUUCUAUCUUGGCUCUCAUAGAGUAAGCUGGACGGAGGGUUGAUGAUGAAGCAAGCUAACAACACGUGUCUUGGUAAUGCAGUACAGUACAGUAGUUUAAUUUUUCAUUGAUUUUUGAGAUAUGGUUACACAUCAGUUUUCAGAGUUUAUGUUGAACUUGGCUAGACAUGUUUACACCUCAUACACGUUGCUCAAAAUAGUGUACAUGACAGCUCGUAAGUCUAACCUGAAGCUAAAGGCAGAUACUGUAUAAAUAUUCUCAAAUAAUACGAAAACUUGAUGUGUAAUUAAGUCUCAUAGCAAGGUAUGAUGUAUAAAU